GAAGAAAGGCUCCCCACUCCUUAAUCAUUCUAUCUAAACAUGAAAACCCUAACAGUGAUUAUGUCCCUUUCUCUGAUCCUUGUUCUGUUCUUCCCAUCUCCUUCAUUCUCCUCCGCCGUCCGAUGCAACCCGAAGGACAAGAAAGUACUCCUCACCAUCAAAACAGCCCUUGGCAACCCUUACCACCUUGCUUCAUGGGAUCCCAAAACCGAUUGCUGUGACUGGUACUGCCUAGAAUGCCAUAGAAAAACCUACCGUGUCAUCGCCCUCACCAUUUUCGACGGCGAACUCUCCGGCCAGAUCCCCUCCGCCGUCGGGGACCUUCCCUACCUCAAAACCCUCCUCUUCCACAAACUACCAAAUUUCGUCGGUACCAUUCCCCAGACCGUUACAAAGCUCACCCGACUCAAAUCACUCGAAGUCAGCUCCACCAAUAUCUCCGGUCCCAUCCCCGAUUUCCUCAGCCAGCUUAAGAAUCUCCGCUCUCUAGAUUUAUCUUUCAAUAAGCUAACCGGUUCGAUCCCCCCUUCGCUCUCCGAGCUUCCCAAUUUAACCAAUCUCCGCCUCGACCGGAACAGACUCACCGGCUCAAUCCCAGACUCAUUUGGGAACUUCAAAGCAAAGGUCCCCUCCCUCUAUCUUUCCCACAAUCAGCUCACAGGGUACGUCCCUAAAUCUCUAGGGUUCAAGAGAUUCCGCAACCUUGAUUUCUCUCGCAACAAGCUCCAAGGUGAUAUUUCCUUCUUGUUCGGCCCCGGCAAGGGGCUUUGGGGAGCCGAUUUCUCGAAGAACUUGUUCGAAUUCGAUCUGUCCAAGGUUGUUUUCCCUAAAUACUUGAGAGUGCUAGAUCUAAACCACAACAAGAUCUAUGGGAGCCUUCCGCAAGGUCUGGCUUCAUUGAACCAGUUGCAAUUUCUGAACGUAAGCUAUAAUAGCCUCUGCGGUAAGAUUCCGGUCGGGGGUGAGCUGCAGAGGUUUGAAACCACGGAGUAUUUCAACAACAAGUGCUUGUGUGGGGCUCCAUUGUUGGCAUGCAAGUAACUGGUUUAAGAUGAUCUUAAGGUGUAAAAUAAAAGAUUGCAUCAUUUUGCCCGUUCGAAGGUGCAUGCUUAUUAUUAUUGUUUGGAUUUUAA